AUGUUGAGUAGGGUUGUGAGGCAGCGCUCCAGAAGUGCUAUUUCUUCUUUCAAACUUCGUGCUCAUGCAGCUUUUGCCGAGACCAGAAUUGGAGUUGGUAUCUCGGUGCAAGCUACCAGACUUCAGUCCACCAAAUUGUCUGCUAAUCCAGAAGAAAUUUACACCAAGAUUUCGGAUUCAGCAGAUCCUAAAAGAAACCAGUUCUUCCAGUAUACCUGGGGUUCUUGGUUAGAAAAUGACAAGUUGAAGAAAUCACAUAGAGAAACGAGAUUUUCCAUUGAAGGUGUCAGCAACUUAGUACAAGAGUUGAAUUUGACCAGAAAGGAUCCAGCCAACGUAGACUCCAGUGGAGAACCCUUGCUUCAAAUCAAGCCAGUCCAACAACUCAAGGAUGGAAGUUUUGUAUUGACUAACAAUUUGUCUAACAAGUUGAUUGGUGAAGCCCAGGACAAGGAUGCCAAGUUGCUCGUGAAGUCCAUUGCGUCUAUCCACGAAGGGAAGGAUCUUGUUUUGAGAAUCCCAUACAAGUUGGAGUCUGACUACUCUAUUUCUCAAAAGAUUAAAAGUGAAGUUGCAACAUUGGACUUCCUUUCGUUGAAGCUCGGCUUGAAUGUUCCAAAGGUUGUAGCAUAUGGUGACAACAGAUCCAAUGCCUUACAAACUCCUUUCAUCUUGAUGGAGUAUAUUGAGGGGGACUUGUUGAUGAAGAAGUGGAACCCAUUGGCUGCUGACUCUGAGGAAACUGACGCUAGUUUGAAGUCUGUCAUUCAGCCAAUUUCUGACUUCCAGGACAAGAUAUUGUCUGUUAACUUCAAUAAGUUCGGUUCGUUGUAUUUCCAUGACGAUGUUAGUGUCUUGGACCAAGCUGAUGUUCCUUACGAUGGAGAAGAAAACCCAUUGUUGGUCAACAGAUGGAGAAUUGGACCAAGUAUCGAAAGACAAUUCGCUAAGAACAAGAACCACUUAUCAGAAAAGAUUGUCAAGGAGUUUAAUGGUCCAUGGAAAGCUGAUGCUCCGCUUUCUUUGAUUACUUCAGUAGCCUCUAUCGAAUUGGAGAACGCUAAGAACAGACUAGGCUUAGCCCAAGCUGAUUCUGCCAGCAAAGUCGAGGAUGUAGAAGUCUUGAAGAAGCAAAUUGAAACUUUUGAACACUUGCAGGCUAUUGGCUCCAAACUUUUCAACUCCAAAUCUAAGUCAAUCAUGAAUGUAGAAGAAUUGUUCAGACCUAAGUUGUUUGUUCCAGACUUAGACCCAUUGAACGUCAUUGAAAGUAAUGACAAGUCCUACUUUAUUGACUUUGAGUAUUCGACCAUCAAGCCAUUCAUCUUGACCAGCUAUCCCAACUUCGUCGCCUAUCAUGGCGCCAAGGUGUACAACUUGGAAGAAGACAUUCCUGGCUUCACUGAAAUGGACGAAGUUGAAAAGCAACAGUAUGAAUUCAUGUACUACAAGACCAGAAAUGAAAGAUUGUGGGAGUUGGAAUUGAACUCCAGAAGACAUGACUUGAUCGCUGUAGCUUCUCCACAUGUCAAGGUAUUAAAGUCUCCAUACUUACAAGCCUUGGAAUUGAAGACCGACAAGGACUAUUUGUAUGUGGAAGGUGCCAUUGUGCAACUUCAAGCCAUGUGGGAUGCUUAUGUUGCAAAUGAGUUGUGCGGUUCUUCUUCGUCUGAAUUCCCAGUGCAAUACACCGAGGAGUUCUUGGACCGUCAUCAAACUGACUUGGAAGAAUACCAGAUCGAAACUGUUUCCAGUCCUUUUGCCGCUACUGGAGGUUGGAUUCCACAAGACAUGUUUGAAACCUUAAAGGAACAAGGCAUCAUUGUAGAAACGGAAAACGGAAACUACAAAGUCGAAGCCGAGAAGGCCUUGGAGGAGGAGCCAGAAGAAAAGUAA